UGGUGAUCGGUUGGCGUGCGCUUUCUGACCGCUCUCGUUGGCAGAAAUCAAGGACUUGAACUUGGAACGCAAUGCCAACGAGAUCAUGGCCGCCCUGGAUGAAAAUGGCGAUGGCGACAUCUCGGUCGACGGUAUGAGGGCCGUUGCCAUUGGUUUCUCAUGGUUGCGAUGGGUGCAGAGUUCAUGACGGCAGUGCGACGAACGCCGCAUGUGCUGGAAGCGCUGCAAGACAUUCUGUUCAGUGGAUGCCGUCUCGAGUCGGACUUCGACACGGACGCAUGGAAGACGCACACACACAAGGGCCUGGACCGUGCCACGUCGUGGCAUCGCAACCUCGAUGAGCCCAUCGAACACCCAGAUAAUCUCAUGCGCGAUUUCAAGAAGAUCUUCGUGUCGGCCGUCAAAAAAGUAUCGGCAGCCACGACGAUUCGCAGGCAGAAUCUAAACCAGAAGCGGCACCCUCGGAAACCUAACGUUCCAUCUCACGUCCCUUCGGCCCUGCAAUCCAUUGCGUCGACCGGAAUCCGCUCGCCGUCGUCGCCGUUGUCGCCGUUGUGAAUUGUCCAAUUUAACGAACCACAUGGUAUAACGUGUUUAACCUCCACUU